GCUGGCGUGCUGCUCGCAGGCUGGUGGCUGCUCUUCGCUCGGCUGUUGUCCUGAUAUCACUCCGCUAGCAUGGAGGAGGGGAGCGCUUGAUUAUUGUGAUGGUGGCAGCUGCCGUACACACUGGCGACUGUAGGAUUUCCUCUCCAGCCUUCAGGACUUUAAGAAACUACACGCCUUGUUCGAGCACGGGGAGGGUUUCGCCGGCCACACUAAUGAAAUGCAAGUUCACGAAACAACUCCGGAGCCUGUUCGCAGCAGACGGCAAAACUUUUUUCAAAAGGACAACACAAUAAAACGACGAGCGCGCAGCAGCGGCGCUUACGCGUGAUGGUUGCGAGUAACAUCCGGAUGUUUGAUGGAGCUCCAGUAGAGGCGAGAGAGUAACAAACCCGGUCCCGCACGGUUUUCUUUGAAUGGUUGACACGGCGAUCCUCCCGGAGGAGGGAUUUACACUAAUUUAAACGCUUCUUUCUCCACAAUUUCACUGUAUCUGCCUCCCUGGCGAAGCGGACUUCUGCCCCGCUUUGGAGAGGGGAGAAAGAGAGAGUCAGGGGGGCUUGACAAAGUUCUUCCCGAAUCACAGAUGAUGGGGGAUUUUGCCAGCCCCGCUGCCGUACCGACCGGCGGCGGUAUUUGCAUUAAUAACAGUAACGUCAACUUAAACUCCAUUAAUGCAACCGGCAGCAGCGCCGGCGGCGGCGGUAACGUGGGCAUACCGAAGCACAGCACGGUGGUGGAGCGGCUGCGGCAGCGGAUCGAGGGCUGCCGGCGGCACCACGUCAACUGCGAGGGCCGAUACCAUCAAGCGCACGCCGAGCAGCUGGAGCUGGACCGCCGGGAGACGCUGAGUCUGUACCAGCGGAGUUUAGAUCAGCGGGGCAAGAAAUCCGGCAACAGCAAGCAGCAGAGCAAGCAACAAGAGCCCGACUCGAGCGCGAGCGCCGAGCAGAGGAGCAGCACUCUCAUCGCGCUCCAGGAAACGGUGAAAAGGAAAUUGGACAGUGCCCGGUCUCCUUUAAAUGGUGACCAAAAUGGCCUCAGUGAUAAUAGUUAUUCUCCCACUGCAAAGAGUCUCCGUAAGGAAGGAUGCACUGGAAUGGACUCUCUUGGUAGCCUCCCACCCAUUUCCCCACUUCAUCCAAUUGACAUCAAACCCACCUUGCCCUCGGGCAACAACUGUGCCUCCUCAAAUAACGGAACCGGCAACGGCAAUGCUGGUACAAACCAUAUUACUGGACGGCCUGAGGAUUUAGGCAAAAAUGGUGGAAUGCCUGAUAUUAAACUAAACGGUUCAUUGGAGCUGGAAGAUGGCUUUAGCCUGCUAAAGGACAUGAAACAAGAGCCUUUGGAUGAUGGCGGUGGAAUUGAGUCCUCGGAAACUUCACUUUCAAAUCAGAACAAGCUAUUCUCUGACAUCAAUUUGAAUGACCAGGAAUGGCAGGAACUGAUUGAUGAGUUGGCCAACACGGUGCCUGAGGACGACAUGCAUGACCUCUUCAAUGAGGACUUCGAGGAUAAAAAAGAAGUGAGUGACUUCACACGGGCCACAACAGAACAAACGCAGCUUGCACAAGACCCAGCACCUAACUCUGUAGCUACGGCACCCAACAGUACACCGCAAAGUGGACAGAUGCCCAUGGGGUCACCUCAGGUGCGACCAUCUUCCUCUGGUCCUCCGUUUGCAACUGCUGCCAAUGGGACACCACCCCAGCAACCCUUGCAGCAGUCACCAGCAGUUGGAAUGCCAUCAGGAUCGCCUGCUAACUGCGUGGCACGUUCUCCACAAACUCCCACCCAAGCGCAGACCCAGGCCUCAAGGCCCGGAAAUGGAUUUAUGAUGAAUGCAGGUCCUGGUGUUGGCCCCAUGGCAUCAACUCCAGUAACAGGAGGUGGUCCUGGAUCAGGGGGAACAGGUGGAGGUGUACCUGUCCCGCCCAAUUCUGAACUUUCACCGGCCGAGCAGCUGAAGCAAAUGGCUGCCCAGCAGCAGCAACGUGCCAAACUUGUCCAACAAAAACACCAACAGCAGUCCCAGGCAGCAAACUGGUCACCUGCAGGAGCACCAACAAGCCCAUACAGUGGACCCUUUAAUCCAGACAAACCAAAUAGCCCCAUGAUGUAUACACAGGCUUUCAAUGCUGGCAACACAAUGGGGCCAAAAGCACCAAGCAUGAACAACUACCUCCCACAGAACCACAUGAACAUGCUCAACCAGCAACAGCAGCAGCAGCAGCAACCUAAUAACUUGGCUGCCCAAAACAACCUCAAUAAGCAGCUCUCUUAUAGUAACACCAAGCCGUUGACUCAUUUCAGUGGAGUAGACCACAUGAGUCAGCGGAUGACGCCGCCCAUGGCCAAUCAAGCCAAAAACCCGAUGAUGCCCUACAUGCAGGGCACCGGGGGUGGGCCACCACAAGCUCCAGGUCCAAUGCCCAACCAGUCAGCCCAUUUAAGUGAAGAACAGAAGAGGAUGAUGAUGAUAAAGCAAAAAGCGCUGAGUCAAGGCAUGUCAUAUGGCUCUAUGCAGCAGCAUGUACAGGAAGGUGUGGUUGGUCUGCCGCGGCAGGCUGGUGGAGUCCAGCCACCUCACGGAGGACCGGGGGCUGUGACAUCAGCAGGGCCUAAUGGGCCGGGGCCUGGCGGAUAUAUGCCCAAUCCACAGCAGCAACAGCAGGCGGCCAUGAUGAAGCAGAUGAUCGCUAUGGAGCAGGAAAAGAGGGUCCAGCUCCAUCUGAUGGAGCAGCAGAAAGCACAGCUUAUGAGAGAGCAGAGACAACAGCAACAGCAGCAACACAUGCUGGCAGAACAGUUACAACAACAGCAGCAUCUCCCCAGACAGAUGAGUCAGGCACAGAGGAAUCCAUACCCGCUCCAGCAGUUUCAAGGCACGCCCCAGGAGAUGGCAGCAAGAAACCAGACACUGCAGAACAUGCGCAACGCUCGACUUCUGCAGCAGCAGCAGCAGCAGAACCCCGGGAUACUGCAGAUGACGCCCGUCCAGAACUCGGGCGCCAUACCUUCGCAGGGUGACAUGAGUAUGGCGUACGGAGGCCAGCCGGGUACACAGACUGGGAUGUACCAAGGUAUGAACCCAAAUAUGGGCCAAAUGCUCCAACAGCAACAGCAGCACCAUCCUAACCAGCCCGGCAUGGUGAUGGCACAGAGACAAGCGGGCGCCGUCGGGCAAGGGAUGGUCGGCGGAGGCGGGUAUGGGCAGGGAAUGCUAAUGAACCCAUCACUCCCGCAGCAGCAAAUAAAAUCAGCCGUUGUUGCCCCUGGUGGGCAGCCGAUGGCCAAAGUUCAGAGACUGCAAGGCAUGAUGGGAGGCGGAGGCCAGACUUGGCCGCAGCAGCAGCAGCAAAACAUACAAGCCAUGGGUGGAAGGACUUCAAACGACAUGGUGGUGUUUAACAGUAACCCUGCAUAUGCCAUGCAAGGUGGCCAGGCUCCGAGAAUGGCCAAGCAGCAUUUCGCACAAGCGAUGGGCGGACAGACUAUGGUGGACCCUCGUUCGAUAAACCCAGCGGCAAUGGGUGGACCGAUGAUGCCGCACAUGGCAGGACAACCAAGGACCAACCAGCCGCGGGGAAUGGUGAUGCCAGGUAUGAACCAGGGUGUGCCCAACAUGGCUGCUUUUGGACAGGGCCCUGCUCAGGGCAUGCCGGGAGCAUCGGGAGGGGGUGGGCCGUACAUGCCAGGGGGUCAGCCUCAGGGCUACCAGAGGACGUCCAGUCAGGACCUGGCGUACGGUUACGGCAGCCAAUCAGGGGCUGGGGCCGGGGUUUCGUUCGGCUUGUCGGAUGGGACAGAUUUGGAUUCGACGGAAGGUUGGAUGGAUGAGUUUUUCCCCAGCCAAUAGCCUAAGGGAUUUUUUUAACAGGACAAUUUUAUGGAAAAUGUGAUUCGUUUUAUUGUUUGAUUUAUUUUUUGUUUUUUUUUUAUACAUGGUCGACAAAUCUAAGAAAUAUAUUACAUGUUGUGUAUUACAUGUGUGUGCUGUCACAAUAUUUAAACCAAUUCCUCUUUGUUUGGGUUGCUUCUCAAGUAAGGAUCCAGUGUUCUGUGUUUUUUUUUUUUUUUUUUUUUGAAGAAAUACACAUUUGAUUCAUUUCUCUCUCUUCUUUCCCCCCUCUCAUGUCCUUUCUGCUACAUUAAGGGCAAGAGGCACUGAAAACCUGCAAAAUGACAUUGGGAAAGAUUUGAAUGUGUUUUUAGUUUACCAUUAUUCUGACACCCUGCUCAUGUAUGAAAGAGUGUGUGGAAAUUCGUGGUGGGCCUUUGUCAACAAUAGAUCACUUUUCCAAACCAAACAGUUGACCCACACCUCUUUCUUCUCUUUCGUAUCUUCUCUCUCUCCCUUUUCCGCUGCUCUUGACACGUGUUCAUCCUCUGCAUUUGCUCUGCUUUGUGUGUGUGUGUGUGUGUGAGCAUCACAACAAAACACAUCAGACUCUGCGUGCUCUCAGUGCAUGCAAGAUGGAUGCUCUGCUGUCGCUAGGCGACCGGUGUCAGUAGAAGAGUGAAGCCAUGUGUGUGUUUGUCAGCUAGGUGUUUGUUAAUAAAGCUUGAAGAGAUUUGGCAGCUACAAACGUCUCCCUCCCCUCCCUAAAACUGUGAGAAAGAUGCUUUCUUUAGUCACAAUGGCAGCUAGAAAGGAUACUAUGACAUUUAACUCAUAAAGUUUAAAGAUUUCAACGGCCCACAGACAUUUGCGUAUUUAAAUUUUCUUUCAAUAUUUAAAUGCUAACCAACAUCCUAUUUUUAUUCCUUUCUUUACCAGAACAUUACUGCUUGUGAACCCUGGUUAAAGAUAUUUUAAUAAGAAAAAAAUGAAAUACACCAUAUGUAUCUCCGCUGAUGGGUCAUACCACUUUUCAUCUUUUAUUUUACUCUUCAAAUGACAAAUAUUUAUUAGUUUCCUUCACGUUUCAUUUCACUGCACCACUCUCAGCUCUUGAACACACUGACACUCCUUUCCCUGCCACACAUUGUCUGAAAAGACAAGGAAAGACAAGCACGUCAAGACUACAUCAAGCCAACUUUGUUGCAUACAACGUCCUCUUUCUCUUUCAACUGUGACACAAUUUCAACCAAAACAAAAAAUCGAUUUGUUCAUAUAUUUACGACCCAUUUCCUCCAACUUGUGUUCAUUGUUGUGAGUUUGUCAGCUAAUUUCAAAAGAAGUCACAAUAUGGCAUCUUUGUAGCCUGACUUUAGUUUUUUGUUGUUUACCAUGAGAUGCCACACAAAUAAGAACAUCAGUCGUUUCUGCUCUGUUGUGUGUUGCUGUGCUAUUAUGGUAUUGUAGUCAUGGUGUCUUUGUAAUCAAACUCUAGUUUUAUUGUUUCCCGCUCUCUGAAGAAUGAAUAUGAAUGUAACAUUGUGACUGACUUGCCCUUUUUUCUUAUUUUUUGUCUUAAUGGGAGAUUGACCGCAUUCACAUCUUCAGUGUUUCGCAGUGUUAUAUUGUUGCUCUGUCAAGAGGAUUGCAGAUGGAGAGGGUAAAGCCCGCGUCCUCGUGCCGUCUCACCAAAUAUCAACAAUCUGGGACCAAGAUGAACAUGUUUUUGAUUUUUGUUGAAGUCAUCGAGCUUAUCUUUUUCUUCUUUUUAUUUCGUACUGGUGCUGACAUAUAUGUGAUGGAUAAAGAUAUAUAUAUCAGAUACAGUUAUUUGUAAAUAUGUUUUUACAAUUUUAAAUACAUCAGAGGAUACGUCUCUACUCACUGUAAAGAUAUUGCUGUUUAAGAUAGAGAAGUAUUUUUAUUUCAUCUUUUUUUUCCACUUUUAAACUCAUCUGAGCUAUACCAUUGCACUUCAGACAAUGUCUUACUACUAAUUUGUAAUGUAAACCUCCUCUGAUUUUUAUUUUGAAGGUUUUUUUCUAGUUUAAAAAUUUUACUCUGUAUCUAAAGCAGUGCUUUUUUCCCUUUCUUUUUUUCAUGUACAGAAUUAUGUAAAUGGUAAUGCCAGAGAGUUACAAAGAAUUUGUUUUUCAGAAAAAAUACAUUAAAGAGAUUGAUCAUUAAAAAUGUUCUCAUUAAAA